AUGUCUAUUUCUUUAGCAAAUGUUAUAGGAGACACAGUUGUUGCUAAAUUCCCCACUGAAUUAAAAGACAUAUACUUCAUUAAAGAUUCAAUUAAUAAAACUCCUAAAGGUAAAAUUUAUUCCAAGUAUUUUAACACCAUCAAACAACUUCAAAACCAUGGUUUAGUUGAUAAGAAAAUGUAUCAGUCAACUGAAUCAAAUUUGCCUACAAACCGAUCAUCAUCAUCAUUUGAUAACAUGAUAGAAAUUGAAGAUGUCAGUACAUAUAUUUCACAAUUGCAUCAUGAAGUACUAACAUGGCCUGAAAUUGAAAUAAUUUGGUCGAAAACCACCAAUUAUAGGUUAAAAAAUAUUAAAGAGGAUGGCAAUAUUUUUGUUAAUUGGAAGCACUUUAAAGAACCGAUGGGAUAUAGACUUGUUAAUAUCGAUUUCAAAAAAAUGUAUCCUGAAUGCAGUUUUAUUGAAAACUUUGAAAAAUCUCAGUCAAAUUUAUUGACAGUGCUGAAAGAAAAAAUAAAAGAUCCUAGUUCAAAAAAACAAUUGGAUGAAAUGUUGAAAACCUCAUACCUAACUGAAAAUUGUAAAAAUGCGGUUCUAUUCUUCCUUCUUCAUUCGGUGUUUAUUCCAAGUUCUAGAAAGACAACCAGAGAUGAAAAUGGCAAAAUUUCUUCGAAGAAAUUUUCAAUUCGAGACUCUCAGAAUAGUUUUGUCAUAUUGGGAAAAACUAGUGCAGAUUGGAGGAGUUAUAUAUCUAAGAAAAAUACGAAAAUUCAACCAUGCUUGGUGAUAAUUGGCGAAAUUAAUGACCCUAAACAAAUUAUGGGUGUACUUUUGAUGGCAUUAAGUAUAUCAUAA